UAGACUAAAUGACAAAAAAAUAAGUCAACAAAAGGUAUGUGUAAUUGCAUAUCUAAUAAUAAAAAAUGCCUUUAUUUUUAUUCAUUUAUUUAUUGGUUACAAAAUUUAUAUGUAAUCUAUAAAAAAUCUAUGUGCAUUUACCAAAUGUAAUAUCACAAAUGCUUAAAAUUUAAAUUUGUAAUUUAUUUAUUGUUGUCUUUAAGGCGGUAUAUUGUUUUCUGUUUUGACAUUGCCCAUGUUUUUCACCACAUCUGAACAUGCUAGAGGGAAAAUGUCCAAACGUGCAGGGAAUAAAAUGGAUUAUUGCUCACCAAAAGAGUUAAGGGUAGUUCUUCUUGGGAAGCAUCAUUCUGGGAAAACAUCGGUUAUCAAUACAGUUUUACAAAGCAGUGAAACAGCAGUGAAAGUAUCCACAGAUGUGAAAACAGAAGGAUUUAUAGACGGCAGGAGAAUCUGUCUGAUUGAAAGUCCUGGAUGGUGGAAAACCUUUAAUCUGACUGAUUUAUCAAACAUCUCCAAACAGCAGCUGAUUCGCAGGAUUUCUCUGAUCUCACCGGGACCUCACGCGGUUUUAAUCGUGAUUCGGGCAGAUCGCACUUUCACUGAUACUGAUGCAGAAUUUCUGGAGAAGAGUGUAGAUCUGCUGGGUGAAAAUAUCUGGACUCACUCGCUCAUCAUCUUUACAAGAGGAGAUCUGGUUAAACAAGAAGACAUAAAGCGGAAAAUCCAGGAAUCUGCGCUCAGUCGAAUUAUUGGCAAAUGUGAAAAUAAAUAUCAGGUUUUCAAUAAUAUCAACCCUCACGACCAGACCCAAGUCAAAGAGCUGAUCGGGAAAAUUGAGGGGAUUGUUGAGAAAAAUGGCAAGCACUUUGAUAUUGACCAGGAAAAAGUAAGAGAAGUCAAAGAGCAGUUGGAGGAAAUUCAGACCAGAGCAAUUUCUAGAAAAUGCAAAGUAGAGCAGCAGCGGAGUACAGUUCAAGAGAAAGCAUGUGUGCGUCGUCUUGAGGAGAUCAGACUUGUUUUGCUAGGAUGGGUCCUCGCUGGAAAGAGCUCAGCCGGAAACAUCAUCCUUAACCAGGACGAAUUUAUAACAGGGGGAAAAACUAGAGCAACUAUGAAAGGAUUCAGAAAGAUCGAAGGAAGAAAAGUCAGUGUGUUGGACACUCCAGGCUGGUGGAAGUACUUAGCAUCAGAACUCAACCCUGAUUUCAUUACAUCUGCCAUACUGGAAAGCAUUUCAGAGUGCGAGAAGUUCCCUCAUGCCUUCCUGCUGGUGAUUCCAGCCGAUACGUCAUUUCAGAAAGAGCAAAAGAGAAUCGUGGAGGAAAACAUGUCCAUCCUGGGAGAGGAUGUGUGGAGACACACCAUAGUUUUAUUCACGUGGGGCGACAGACUUAGCGAUAUAUCAAUCGAGCAGCACAUCGAGAGCGAAGGAGAAGCUCUUCAGUGGCUGAUUGAGAAAUGCAGGAACAGAUAUCACGUCUUUAACAACAUCAACAAAGAGAAUCAAGCUCAAGUCUCUGAGCUGCUGAGGAAGAUUGAUGAAAUGGUGGCCGAAAAUAGCCUGUUUGUUCUCAACACGGAGAAAACUCCAGUAAAAACCGAUGGAAGGGCUGACAAUCAGGAAGAGGUGAUCAUCAGACUGAAGGACUUCCACUGCUUUUUGGAUGCAGGGUUUAAGUUAAAAGCGCAAGAAAUAAGACUAAAGAUUGAAAAGUUGUUCAUGCAUGUGAUGGAGGAACCUCUAAAUGCUGACGAGUCCCAGAGUAAAGAGUUUGGUGUCACAUUUACAGAUCAGAAAACACCUUAUGACUCCCAUCAACCUCCUAAAGUCAACAAUCCACCUCAACAGGACAACAUUCCUGAGCAGAUUAAAGCGCUUCUGGAGAGAGAGUUCAGCAGAUGGGAAAGCAUAAUCAUAGAUGGCGUUCGGGAAAGUUUGCAGGACAUCAAGUCAUCAUUUGAGCUUUCCCAGACUGAGAAGAGGAUCAGGUCAAUGGAUGCUGUUGAGAUGUGGCUAGAAAACUAUUACCAUUAUAUUGAACAUACUAUUGAUAAAAUUCAAGAACCAGAAUCAGGGACAAAGAGAAAGAGACUGAAGACACAGUGAUGGCAUCAGAAACAUGACUAUUGAAAAGCAAGCAAUCAUGCAUAUGUACAAUAAUUUUGACCUCAACAAAUAUAUAUAGAAUUUUCUUUUCUUUUUUAAAUAUUUCCCAUAUUAUGCUUAACA